AUGCACAAGAGAGACGUGUUGGAGGCGGGUGAUUUGCAUUUGGAGAAUCAUCGUGUAGGUCUUACAGCUAACCUAAAUGCCCCACCCAGCGCGUUCCACAAAGAGCACGUGAAUGGCCACGUGCUUCUUUUGUCGGAAAAAACCGAAAUCCGUGGAAAUGCGUUGCAACGCAAUGCAAUGCCCAAAACGGGUUAUCGGAGCAUCUUGCGCGAGCACGCGCGUCCCCUGACACCAAGCUCCAGUGCAUUCCGGUCUCGUCGAUUCCAGGCACCAACUAGCUCUGAGGUUGUGCCACCUGCUGACCCUCCUACCAACACUGAUCCUCUCACCCACACUGAUACCUAUGAUGAAAUCAAUGAUGGCACUGAUGCAGAUGGUUCAGAUCCUGGCUCUGGUGAUAUAACCAGUAUUAAAAGUGUCGAGAAAAGAAUUCGGGAAUAUGCAGCUCUCUAUGCAGUUCUCUAUUCUCCCUUUUUGUCAAAAGCUUCCCUUAGAGUGGAACUCAAUAGCAACUUCCAUUCAUGGACAGCUGAGGCAAUGUUUUCAUCCGAGGCAAAUUUCAGCCAAUACUGUGUCCACAAGAUUCUUGAAAUGAAGUACUCUAUAUUGACAGAUGAGCUCCGCACUCAUUCUGGAGUUAUGCCCUGGUUGGCCAAGUUUGUUUCUGAUGUUGGGGCAAGGAGAUGGCAAAUGAUGAGCCGCUUGCGAAAAUCAAGCCUUCAACUCUUUGGCAUGGACUUAAGUGUAACAUUGCUGAAGUCAGGACAUGGCCCAACUGCUGAAGAAUGCCAACAACAUCUCGGAAUAAUUCCUGAUUCUCCCACUCCCAUCGAUCAUCUGCCCUUGUUUUUGUUUCCAAAUAAUGACCGUUCUUGUCGCCAGCAUGUAUUUCGCUCACAGGUUGUUGCAGCUGCAAUUAUUGUUAUUAUUUUUGGACCUGCUGCACUCAAUGAUGCUGUGUCUGCUAUCCCCCUUCCUGGAUCUCCUUUGCUAGAGGAUUGGGAAUCUGCAAGGCUGCAUGCAUCGCCAAAGGCAUUGGGUGUUACACAUGCAGUAACUGAAAUAACUCCAGGCACUGUUGCCAUUGUUGCAAUGCUGGUCUAUUUCAUGCUAUCUGGUGAUACUGAGUUGGUUUCUGCCCAUGGGAAACCUAGUCACACCAAUUAUCUUGACAUCCUUCUCAACUUUUACAAGUUCAUCCUCACUGUGCUCAAACGAGAGGAAACUGCUACACUCCGUCCAAUGCAUGAAACAAUGCAGUGGUAUCAGCAUUUAUUGUUCGGUUCUCCUGCAAGAACAGAAGAGUCAAAUCUGUUGGUGGAAGGUGGAGGCCUUGCUGGGGGCCUGGAUGCCCUUCUUGCUGAAAUGGAUGUCAAUGAUAGUGAGGAACCUGAAACAGAUCCAGCAUCACCCAACAUACCCUCUGAAGAGCCUCAGGGCCCAGAACCAGAUGUUCAGACUGAAGUGGUGGCUAGCUCUGCAGUUAGCUUGGGUGAAGGGGGUUUGACAAGGCAUGGGUGCAGAGGUCGAGUUCAUAGAAAUGACAGCCCUGGAGAUAACAGUUCCAGAGAGGUCAGUCGUGGAAGGAGAGGCCAGAGGCAAGGGAGCAGAGGCAGAGUUAGGGGCAAUAGUGGCCGUGGAAGUCGUAGAGGCCAUGGAAGUCAUGGAGGCCAGAGUGCUGCAACUGGUGAUGAGUAG